AUGGCUAAAACAAAGCGAAUUAAUCGUAAUUUUUAUGAUAUUGUUGAGAAGGCCAAAUGCAAAGACGACACGAGUGGUAUAAUAUUUGGCAGGCUACAUGAAAUGAAAGAAAUGAAUUUGAUGGAUGAUGGGGAAGACAUCGCUCCGCCUAACAUAAUUGAAAUCCCAUUGAAAGAUUUGGGUGCUAAAAUUGAUAUUGAGGCUGCCAAGGACGAUACAGAUCAGUUGACAAUCGAAGACGAGAAUUCCCAUUCGAGAGAACUUUUGCUGGUCGAGGAUGUUGAGAGAGGUUUAGCAUCUCAAUGUCGUGGAACAGAUAAUAGUAGCACACUGUCUAAUAGAUCAUUAGAACGGUUAUUUUGUGAAGAUAAUCCAUCGAGUUCUUCUUCAUCGUCGAAUAACACCCCUAACAACGCCGUCACCUACAAAACUUUAAACUAUUGCAAUUUGCCCACAUCUUCACGAGCCAGAUACCUUGAUACGCUUCCCAACGGACAUAUAUUUGGAGGUGGUUUCGAGCCUUGUGACUCUGAAAUAACUCACAACAGACUCGAGACUCCCAGUGUUUUAUUUAAAGCUCUGACUGAUGAAAGUCAUAAUUAUAACCCAUCAGCACAACCUACAACCCUCCUACCUAAGACAAAUAACAUGGUGCGCAAUCUACUUCAUAAAACCCAAUCGUACCAAGAUCAUCUGUGUUCGGUUGAUGAUGCUGUACCAGGGACGUUCAGUAUGGAAACAGUCACAAAAGAAGAACUUCUAAUAAUGUGGAAGACUUCUGAGAUUGAACUCAGCAAGCAGCUGGAGCAAGCUUUGAGAGAAAAGGCCAAAUUAGAACGGAAGUUAGCACAAUUACAACAUCAUUCACCAGUUUGA